AUGGGUUUCCUCUUCUUUGGUCGGUCAAAGAAACCCAAGAAAGACAACAACAGUAGAGACACACCGACACCAACACCUUCUCACCUUUCGAGUCGAGGUCAUCGUGACCGGCAGGUUUCCGGCUCAUCCUCAAAACACUACUAUGCCGCCCUUCCGCCACCUCCGGCCUACUCACCGCAUGACUGGCAACAGGGUCAGCAAUUCGAACCCGCCGGCCUCCUCCCAUCACCGCCAGGAUGGAGUCCUUCUUCACCACAGCCCAUCAUCGUCAACCAACAUCACUACUAUCUCGGCACUCCCGGACCAGGUUCCCCGCCACCUCAACUCCUUCAGUCAAUACCGCCGCUUCCGCCACCAAAGAACAGCACCGGGUCUCUCACCAAGAUGCCCGUGGGGACGGUCAUGGAGGUGGCGUCGGAUAUCUCCCAAGUGCCAAGCCUCGUCCACGGCUAUGAGGAAUCGCUUUCACACUGGCCAGACAACAAGACUCAACUGCUCAACCAGAGUGCCGCUCUCUACGAUCAGAUCUCCGGUCGACUGAAUGACGUCUUGACGAGGAUUGAUCUGAACCAAAUCAGUGGGAAUGAGAAGGAUCACUUCACAUGGAAGCCCGCUGUUCAGGAAACCUCAUAUCCACCCUCAUCGAGUAUGGUUGGAUCGAGGUCGGUGGUGAAGUCGGGACUGAGGAGGAGCAGCUCGCAUUCAAGAGAGCACAGGGAUAGGGAACAUCGGGAGCAUUCGUCGUCAACAAAUUCGGGUGGCUAUUUUGCCAAGGUGGACCUCUAUGCCAACUCGAGGUUACCUACCGACUUGCCUCCUUUGAGACUAUACAUCCCCACCUGGCCUCUCCUCUGCCUCGCCGCCCAGUACUCGGAGCGAGUCUACGAAAAGCCCAAGGGUGCCGAACGAGACGCCCAUGUCGACGCCGACUGGCGAACCGGCGCCAAGGCCAUGGUCAUCAAAUCAGUUCCCAUGGACUACGUCAACACAAUCGUCUUUGCGAUCCGGGGCACAGCAACUUUCAUGGACUGGGCCGUCAACCUCAACUCCAAUCCCACGUCACCCGAAGGAUUUCUCGACGACCCCGGAAAUCUAUGCCAUGCCGGCUUCCUCGACGUCGCUCGAAGCAUGGUCCAGCCCGUCGCUCGUCGUCUUCGGCAACUCCUCGAGGAGGAUCCCAGCCGAUCAUCCUACUCGCUGCUCAUCACCGGUCAUAGUGCUGGUGGUGCCGUCGCUGCCUUGCUCUACAGCCACAUUCUCUCGACGACAAAGGAGGCGCAAAGCGAGUUGACGGCGGUAGCUGGAUGCUUCAAGCGUGUCCACUGCGUCACAUUCGGCACCCCGCCUAUCAGUAUUAUCCCGUUGAAGAAGCCGGAGGACUACGAGAGGAGGCCGGAGCUGAAGAAGAGCUUGUUCCUGACAUUCCUGAACGAGGGUGAUCCGGUCGCGAGAGCGGACAAGGCCUACGUGAAAAGUUUGUUGGAGUUGUACGCCUCGCCGGCGCCUUCGGUCAACACCCUCUCCAGGACGACCAGCAGGAAAGGGCCAAGCAGCUCUUCGGAUCUGAACACGCGGAUGAAGGCGGCUGGCCAGAAAUCUUCAAGGUCAUCGCUACAAUCGUCAAAAUCCGGCAAGUCAACAGAUACCAGGAAUACGGAGCACCGAAGCAGUUCCGGAUCCAGCCACCAUACCUCUUCCAGCUCUGGUUCCAGCCGUCGAUCCAGCAGCAGAACACGCACAUCCACCUCCUCCGCCAGCUCCGCUUUGACAACAACUUCAACCACCGCCUCGUCUAUUUCCUCCUCUCCCAGCAACCACACCACCUCCUCCUCAUCAUCUUCCUCCUCAGGACCAACUUGGAAGCUCCCCGCUUCUACGCUCUCCAGUGCCGGACGGCUCGUGGUUCUUAGGUCAGGCGACCCCAAGUCCAGACUCAAAGGGAAGGGCAAGACGGUUGAAGAGAGACUGAACGAGGGUGUGGUGGCGCAUGUGGUUGGCUCGGAGGAUAUGCUCAAGGAGGUGGUGUGGGGAGAUCCGUUGAUGCAUGUUAUGAAGUUGUAUAAGGGGCGGAUUGAGACGUUGGCUGUUGGUGCUGUUACUGCUAGGGGGUAUUGA